ACAGAGGGCACUCCCACCUACUCCACCAGUAGGAGAAGAGACACUCGAAACAAAUCGACUCUCCUCGCCCGAAACAAACUGUUCUAGUCAUUUGAAGCCUCCAUCUUGCCCUCGAGAGAGACGCUCUCCCCCUUUCCAGACUGUUGUCGAGAUAAAAUGGACAUGCUGAGUGGGAAGAUGAAGGAUGCACACGAGACGGUUGAACUGAAUGAGAAGCUGUGCGCCAAUAUUCAACGGAACUUGGGGGCACUUAGUGAUAUCCUCUCCUCAGCCGGCAACAACACGGAGGUGCGCAUGUACAGGGCACUGCAGAAUCUCGAAAAGGCCCUGGAAGAGGUCCUUCAUCUCAGCAAAAAUUGCCAGGAGAAGCCCACGGUUUCCCAUCACCUCGCAGCUGACCAGAUGAACAAAAAGCCGCAGGAUGCGAACCAGAAUACGAUGAAUACUAGAGCGGUUGCAGGCUUUGGGAUGAAGUUACAUCGACCGCCGCCCUCGAUGGUCAUCUCGUCUUCAUCUCCUGACACAGCCACGAAAGACGAGGAAAAAAAAGGAAAUGAAAAAUGUGAAAGGAAGGAGUCCGGCGGAGAGAAGUUGGGAGGAAACAAAGAUGUGAAAAAAGAAACAGCUACCAAGAGAAACAAAGAAAAUGAAAAAGGAAAGAAAAAUAAGGACAUACAGAACGACAUAGAGAAGCGAAGAGAAAAUGAAGACUUGGAUAAGAAAAUAGAUGAUGAGAGGAGAAAAAAGGAAAAUGUGAAAGGAAAGAAAAAGAAGCAUAACACGCCGGAGACAGCGGAAGACAAAACAGAAGAUUACAGUUAUGCCAUCUCUACUUCAUCUCCUGACACGGCCACGAAAGAUGAGGAAAAAAAAGAAAAUGGAAAAUGUGAAAGGAAGGAGUACGGCGAAGAGAAGUGGGGAGGAAACAAAGAUGUGGAAAAAGAAACAACUACCAAGAGAAACAAAGAAAUUGAAAAAGGAAAGAAAAAUAAGGACACACAGAACAACAUAGAGAAGCGAGGAGAAAAUGAAGACUUGGAUAAGAAAAUAGAUGAUGAGAGGAGAAAAAAGGAAAAUGUGAAAGGAAAGAAAAAGAAGCAUACCACGCCGGAGAAUGUGGAAGGAAUAACAGAAGAUUACAAUUCUGUCAUCUCUACUUCAUCUCCUGACACGGCCACGAAAGACGAGGAAAAAAAAGGAAAUGGAAAAUGUGAAAGGAAGGAGUACGUCGAAGAGAAGUGGGGAGGAAACAAAGAUGUGGAAAAAGAAACAGCUGCCAAGAGAAACAAAGAAAUUGAAAAAGGAAAGAAAAAUAAGGACACACAAAACGACAUAGAGAAGCGAGGAGAAAAUGAAGACUUGGAUAAGAAAAUAGAUAAUGAGAGGAGAAAAAAGGAAAAUGUGAAAGGAAAGAAAAAGAAGCAUACCACGCCGGAGAAUGUAGAAGGACAAAAAGAAGAUUACAGUUAUGUCAUCUCGACUUCAUCUCCUGACAUGGCCACGAAAGAUGAGGAAAAAAAAGGAAAUGGAAAAUGUGAUAGUAAGGAGUCUGGCGGAGAGAAGUGGGGAGGAAACAAAGAUGUGGAAAAAGAAACAGCUGCCAAGAGAAACAAAGAAAUUGAAAAAGGAAAGAAAAAUAAGGACACACAGAACGACACAGAGAAGCGUGGAGAAAAUGAAGAACUGGAUAAAAAAAUAGAUGAUGGGAGGAGAAAAAAGGAUAAUGUGAAAGGAAAGAAAAAGAAGCAUACCACGCUGGAGAAUGUGGAAGGAAAAUCAGAAGAUUACAGUUCUGUCAUCUCGACUUCUUAUCCUGACAUGGACACGAAAGACGAAGAAAAAAAAGGAAAUGGAAAAUGUGAAAGGAAGGAGUCCGACGGAGAGAAGUUGGGAGGAAACAAAGAUGUGGAAAAAGAAACAUCUGCCAAGACAAACAAAGAAAUUGAAAAAGGAAAUAAAAAUAAGGAGACACAAAAAGACAUAGAGAAGAGAGGACAAAAUGAAGACUUGGAUAAGAAAAUAGAUGAUGAGAGGAGAAAAAAGGAAAUUGUGAAAGGAAAGAAAAAGAAGCAUACCAUGCCGGAGAAUGUGGAAGGAGAAACAGAAGAUUAUAGUUCUGUUAUCUCGACUUCAUCUCCAGACACGGCCACAAAUUACAAGAAAAAAGGAGAAAAUGGAAAAUGUGAAAGGAAGGAGGCCGACCAAGAGAAGCGGAGGGGAAAGAAAGUUUUGGAAGAAAAAACAGGUGCUGAGAGAAAAAAAGAAAAUCACAGACAAAAUAGCAGAGAGAAGCGGAGAGGAAAUGAUGAUGUGGCAGAAAAAAUAUAUGAUGAGGGGAAAAUAGAAAAUGGAAAAGGGGAGAAAGAAAACGAGACACGGGACAAUGUGAAAGAGAAAAGAGAUGGUCCUGGCCUGGAGGACCCUUAUGACAGCUCAAGAAAAGAGGAGAAAGCGUGGUAUUAUUCAUGUUCCUCAAGUUACAGUGAUUCUCAGCUGGAGGCCAUGAUAAAGGAACUAUCAAAAAAAGAUAAACUUCAACAGGACAGUGAUUCUAUAUCGUACAAGGAUUUUCAGGUUGAAUUGAGAGAUGGAGCUCCUGCAAGAGCGCAUAGGUUCGGACGUGGUGAAGCGAUAGCGCUGGCUGAAAAUGAAAUUCAAAUCCGUGGCAUGACAAACAUUGAAAAUAUCCAUAUAUUGAAACUUCUCGGAUAUGCUUAUCACGGAGGAUUUUUCUACAUGGUUGAGGACUAUUCCAUUCGGAGCUUAAACGACCUCAUACAUGGCAUGCUUCUUCCUACCGAAAUCUCCAUUAAUUCCGUACAACUAUCCAUUUCUACGAGUUACUUUUCAGUGAUACCCCAUCACCAUGGAUUGAUCUUGUUCACAUAUUUCAGCUUUUUUUUCAGACAACCCCUCGAAAGGAAAGAAGCUAUCAUGGCAGCAGUGCUCCAAGAUUAUUCUAUGUAUUGCUGAAGGUGUCGCUGCCAUCGAUACGUCUUUACAUCCUGGUGGAACAAUAAAGAUAGUCCCCAAGUGUGUGUCCAAAAUUUCCUUUCUCUUCACCUGCGAAACAUUAACUCAGUCUGUCCAGGAGGGGGAAGUUACUUGUAAGAAGAUGGAACGAAGAUUUGUACCCCUAGAAUCUAAGCGGUAUGGCAGAUUCUACGUCAAGACGGACGUCUAUAGCUAUGGUGUCCUCCUCCUCGAGCUCAUCACCCAACAGAUGUACAUUAAAAGCAGCAGCAGUUGCAAAUCUCUGGCUACGUGGGUGUUGCAACAUGCGCUUGAGAACAACUACAUGAAGUGUAUUCCCCCACAGUUCGCUAAAGGGCCACGCAUCAAUGACAUAAAAAGAUGCAUUUGCAUAGCACUGCGCUGCGUUGCAGAGGAUCCAGCGGAACGGCCAACCAUGGGUGAUGUUGAUAGGUGGCUGAGGAACAAGAACCAAGUUGCGCCGUGGAUAAAUAAGCUAGAUCACAACACCAAAGAUACUGUCACGGAAGGUGGCAUGGACACACCGGCUACCACCACGCCUAUGCCAACGGACCCUGAAGGAAGCACAGGACCAAGGCUGAGAGGGGGAGAACGGACCACAGGCCCAACAAACAGUAUGAUUGAGCCCAAUACCGUGCAGGGAGGCAACACAGCGCGCAAGUCAAAAAAAGGCGCAGUGCGCAAAUCAUCGAAGCAUCAAGUAUCGAGUGGUAGUGUGUGAGUUUCGGUGUGAAAUGUGUGAAUUGUAAACUGCCCCCCCCCCCCCCCCCCCCCCCUCAAUUCCCGCCUCUUUAUCGAACUUAGAAUGUAACGGAUACCUAAGGGUGUGCGGUGACUGGUUAGAGCAACCACAACGUUUAUUCAAGCUUUGGGAUUGCUAUCCUGUCAUCGAAGCAUUAAGUAUCGAGGAAUAGCUUGUAAGUUUGGUGUGAAAUGAAAUCUGUGAACUGUAAACCGGCAGCCCAUCAAUUCCUAGAAUCUAGACGGGAUCACACAAUCUCCACGGGAUCCAAACACCAACUUCAUUCCACCUAUCUAAUCCAUUUUUUUCUCUCCAAUGCAAGUCUAUCUACAAAAGUAUCACCUAUGUCCCAAAAUAUGAGACGUUUUGGUAUGCUUAAUAGCCUACUAAAACUUUCUUAUAUUUUGAGAUA